CUUGUAUUUGAAUCAGAAGAUGAUAUUGCACCCUGCACUGCAAAAGGUCACCCAAAACAAUCUUUUGUAAAAAUUUACAAAGAUGGACAAAUAAUUGAGAAAGGAGAGGUUAGAGCGUCUGUGAAAAUUGAUGAAGACAUUUGUCGAACAAGUAUCACAUGUUAUGCAGAGAAUGGAGAAGUUAAUGCAACUAUACCACUAGACAAAUGUAACACAGAUCUUACUCUUGUAUUUGAAUCAGAAGAUGGUAUUGCGACGUGCAUUGCAAAGGGUCAUCCAAAACCAUCUUUUGUAAAAAUUUACAAAGAUGGACAAAUAAUGGAGAAAGGAGAACUUAUAGCAUCUGUGAAAAUUAAUAAAGAGGUUUGUCAAUCAAAUAUAACAUGCUAUGCAGAGAAUGGCAAAGUUAAUGCAACUAAUCCGCUAGAGAAAUGUAACACAGACAAUCAAAUAGAUUUUAUUCUUGUGUUUAAAUCAGAAAAUGGUAUUGCAACGUGCACUGCAAAGGGUCAUCCUAAUCCAUUUCGUGUAAUGAUAUACAAAUAUGGAAAAAUAACUGAGUCUGGAGAAGGUAAAGCAUCUGUGAAAAUUAAUGAUGAUAUUUGUCAAUCAAACAUCACAUGUUAUGCAGAGAAUGGAGAAGUUAAUGCAACAGAACCACUAAAGUCCUGCAACACAGGUCUUUCAAAUUCACAACCAAUAUUAAUACAGACAGUGCUUAUUGUAACAGUACCUACAGCAAUCAUAAUUUGCUCUGUUGCAACGUGUCUGAUAAUAGGCUGCUACAUCCAUGUACGUAUUAAGAAAAGGAAGGAGAGAAAGAAUCGUCUCCAGUUACAAAACCUACAUCACUAUGAAGAACUUUCAUACAGCUGUACAAAGAGACUUUCUCAUGCGGAUGAUGGUUACGCAAAGGGAAUACCUACUGCAGAUGAAUCUUGCUCUAAUACUGAUGAAACUUACGAAAAACCUUUAAAGUUAUAAUUUUUUUCGCAAAUGUUUUAAUGUUUUACUCUAAUGUUUAUAUAUUUAGUGAUAUCUUUUACAUGGACAAACUCUGAUCCAUUACAAGCACUGAUUUCCACACAGGCUAAUUAACAAAGAUACAAUAAAUGCACAUAGUUGUUGUUUUUUUAAGUUUAAAAAACAAACAUAAAAAGUAGUUAAAUCGGGAAAAGUUUAAAAUCACAUCAAAUCACAAAUGGAAGCCAAAGAUAUAUUAUAUAAAUGCACUAAAUUAAAACGAUUAAUUACAGCAACAAUUAAAACUAAAGUACAGUAUUUAAUAUGGUUGCAGGAUCCAAAAAAUAAUCAACUACACAGAAUCGAAAUGUACAAAGGAUAUCUAUAUUAAUGAUGUAGCAAUAAGAGAUCAUUCAGUUAGUGACAUUUAUGUGUACUAAAUUUAUGAAAUGAAUGUUCAACGGAGGUAAAGCGUUGCUUUUUUGCGUUACAGAAUGAAGCCAACAAUGUUGACAUGAAACACUGCUUCGAAAAAACCCAAGAAUUAUAUAGUUUUAUACUUCCAUUUUCGGGCAUCUAUGCUGUUUACUAAUAUUUGUCGCUUCUCCUUAAGUUAAUUACCUGUUGAACAAUGAUCAAUGUAUUUUUGGGUUGUUUUUUUUUUGUAUAGUAUAUUUUUACUGGUAUACUUCAUACUUAUUAUGGAAUUUUUAAAAAAG